AGUUCUGCCCAGCAGCUGUUCAUGAAAACGCUGUGGUCAGACCAUAGGAGAGGAAGUGACUUUGUAUAUUAUAGGGUGGCGUGAUUGAAGCCGAGAGGUUGUUUCGUGAUUUUCUGGCUGAACUGAACGACUGACAGAACGAGUACAAUGGCUGCUAUCCGAAAGAAGCUGGUGGUGGUCGGGGACGGCGCGUGCGGCAAGACGUGUCUCCUGAUCGUGUUCAGCAAGGACGAGUUCCCGGAGGUGUAUGUGCCCACGGUGUUUGAGAACUACGUGGCGGACAUCGAAGUGGACAGCAAGCAGGUGGAGCUGGCGCUUUGGGACACAGCCGGUCAGGAGGAUUACGACCGGCUCCGACCCCUCUCCUAUCCGGACACGGACGUCAUACUCAUGUGCUUCUCCGUGGACAGCCCUGACUCGCUAGAGAACAUCCCUGAGAAGUGGGUUCCCGAGGUCAAACACUUCUGCCCUAACGUGCCAAUCAUACUGGUGGCCAACAAGAAGGACUUGCGCAACGACGAGAAUGUGCGCAAUGAGCUAGCGCGCAUGAAGCAGGAGCCGGUGAAGGGCGAGGACGGGCGCGCCAUGGCCGUGCGUAUCGGUGCCUACGACUAUCUGGAGUGUUCAGCUAAGACUAAAGAAGGCGUUCGGGAGGUGUUUGAGACGGCCACCCGCGCCGCGCUGCAGAAGAGGACGAGACCCGCCCCGGGCUGUGGUCAGUGCUGCAAACUGCUCUGAACUGGCUUCAACUGAACUCUUGUGAAAAUACCGAGAAAUCACGACGUGUCCUGCUCCGUCGCUACACAAACGCACGCGCAGGGCAGCAGCUGUUGCUGUAAAAUGGGCGCGUCUCCUUUUUGUGAAGUAUCGAGUUCUUCUGAAGCCCACUGAGAGGGAGAGGGGACACUGAAAUGCUCCCUUUGCAUUAUGGGAUGGAACGACUGGGGUUAAAUGGCGAACCUACUGGUCCACUACAAGUCCGCCAUUGGGGUUUACAGCUAUGAGUAGCCUUCCUAAAUAUUUAAAGGGUCAAAAUUUGACGCCUGGGGUUAUCCUGCUCCCAGCCAUGACUAGAGAGAGACAGAGGAAUGUGUUUCUUACAAGGAAACUGUUGCAACGCAGUCCUGCAAAAAAUCUUGGAAGAAACGCACGAGGAUGCAUGAAGUGGGGGAUGUGAUGUGGGUGGUCAGGGCUCAGGGCUGUGUUUCUUUGUGCUUUGCUUAAAAUUCAACGUGUUUUUAAUCACAGCUAGUGUUAUGUUUUUGGGUUUUUUUUAAACAGUGCAUUAAAUGUUGCCACAGAGAUCACAAUUUGUAUACAAUAGCCCAUUUCAUUGCUUUGUUUUAUUUGCACUGGGUUACAGUGCAGUUGAAAUGUACAUAAGUAAAUUAUUGUUUUGGCUUUUUGAAAACUUAGAGUUUUUUUUAAAUGGCAGGUCUACAAUAAUCACCAUAAUCUCACUGCACUGAAAGAAAUUGCUAUUUGCUGUUUAAAAAGAAUGAGAAAAAUAAUAACCUUGUACAAGCCCUUAUCUUUGUGUUUGAUACCAGUGAGGCACAUAGCUUAAGAGAUUUGCAAUACAUGCAUAUUUUCCACUUCUUUAUGUCUGUGGUACUUUUAAGUCUUGAUUUUAAAAUUAUUUUUUAUGUUUCAUGUUGUAAGUUGCCAAGUUUACAUAAACCCAGCAAGUAUUUGACAUGAAUGAAUGUUUUACAGAACAAUUAUUAAAUAUGUCAUGUAAAUGUAA